AUGGCUAUUGCUGCUGUUCUUCCCGGUGAUGUCCCAAAGGGCUACGGGCUGUUCAUCCCUGAAUGGGAGUUUCAGACUCCAGAAGGAGAGAACAUCACCAUCAAGGGAACAAUUCAAGAGGCCUAUGCUGCUCUCGGAAGUCUCAAUCCCCAGGCAGCCCGGAUGAAUGGAUUCGACCUUGGAGCUACUUCGGAUGAUGUCCGUAGUGGCGUGGAGAAGCGUGCCACAUUUCCCAGGGUUGAUUGCCAGACUUUUGAGGAAGGCCAAACCGAUGCAUAUGAUGAGACUAUCAAAUAUCUCAGAGGUGUGAAAGGAAAGCCAAAGAACUCUGCUGGUCCGAGAGAAUCUGGCCGUGUUAGCUGCUCUUGGCGAAGCGCGACCUUUUGGUGCAAUGACGAUACGAAACCAAAGGAGCUUAGUUCAUUUGGUGAAAUUGCUGAUGGUGUAGCAGCGAUCUACAAAGAUUGCACUGACACUGACCUAUUCUUUUGGUUUUCUUCUGGUGAAGCUUAUACCAGUGAUGAUUGGAGUGUCCAGUAUCGGUGGGCCCAGUGCUAA